GUAGAGAGCAAUAGCGACGCCAUAUUGGACGGCCCCGGAGGAAGGGAGGAAGGAGGGCUUCCUGGGCAGCAGAUUACGUUGGAAACUCCAUGUAUGAAAGGACGUGAGGCUGUGGAAAGAUACCUUGGCUGUCCUUCCUCUCUCUUCCAACCUUCUCCACCAUGGACCAAGAUUAUGAAAGACGCCUCCUUCGCCAGAUCAACAUCCAGAAUGAGAACAUGAUGCCUUGCGUAGCAGACAUGAGGAGGACUCUGACCCCUUCCAAUUCUCCCGUCUCCUCUCCUAGUAAGCACGGUGACAGGUUCAUUCCAUCCAGAGCUGGGGCAAACUGGAGCAUCAGCUUCCACAGGAUAAACGAAAAUGAGAAGUCUCCAAGUCAGAACAGGAAAGCAAAAGAUGCCACAUCAGACAACGGCAAAGAUGGCCUCGCUUAUUCAGCCUUGCUGAAGAAUGAGCUUUUAGGAGCUGGUAUUGAGAAAGUGCAAGACCCCCAGACAGAGGACAGACGGCUGCAGCCCUCCACGCCUGAGAAAAAGAGUCUUUUCACGUACUCCCUGACCACAAAGCGCUCCAGCCCAGACGACGGCAACGAGGUCUCGCCAUAUUCGCUCUCCCCUGUCAGCAACAAAAGCCAAAAGUUGCUAAGAUCCCCUCGAAAGCCCACAAGGAAAAUCUCAAAGAUUCCAUUUAAGGUCUUGGACGCUCCAGAGCUGCAGGAUGACUUCUACUUAAACCUGGUGGACUGGUCAUCUCUCAAUGUCCUUAGUGUUGGCCUCGGGACAUGUGUCUACCUCUGGAGUGCCUGUACCAGCCAGGUGACUCGGCUGUGUGACUUGUCCGUGGAAGGAGAUUCUGUCACCUCCGUAGGGUGGUCGGAGCGGGGCAAUUUGGUGGCCGUCGGGACCCACAAGGGCUUUGUCCAGAUCUGGGAUGCCGCGGCAGGGAAGAAGCUCUCCAUGUUGGAGGGUCACACGGCCCGAGUGGGAGCCCUGGCUUGGAACGCGGACCAGCUUUCUUCCGGCAGUCGGGACAGGAUGAUCCUCCAGCGAGACAUCAGGACCCCUCCCUUGCAAUCUGAGCGGCGCCUCCAGGGCCACCGGCAGGAGGUGUGCGGGCUGAAAUGGUCCACAGACCAUCAGUUGCUGGCAUCUGGUGGCAACGACAACAAGCUUCUCGUCUGGAACCACUCCAGCCUGAGCCCUGUCCAGCAGUACACGGAGCAUCUGGCAGCUGUCAAAGCCAUUGCCUGGUCCCCCCACCAGCACGGGCUGCUGGCCUCGGGGGGCGGGACAGCCGACCGCUGCAUACGUUUCUGGAACACAUUAACGGGGCAGCCUCUGCAGUGCAUCGACACCGGGUCGCAAGUGUGUAACCUGGCCUGGUCCAAGCACGCCAACGAGUUGGUGAGCACUCACGGAUACUCACAGAACCAGAUCCUUGUCUGGAAAUACCCGUCCUUGACUCAAGUGGCAAAGCUGACCGGGCACUCGUACAGAGUUCUCUACCUGGCAAUGUCACCCGAUGGAGAAGCCAUAGUUACGGGUGCUGGGGAUGAGACGCUGAGGUUUUGGAAUGUCUUCAGCAAAACCCGCUCGACCAAGGAGUCUGUUUCAGUCCUUAACCUCUUCACCCGGAUACGGUAAAGCCCGCCAAGGGUCUGUGCUUGGGAGAAGGCGGGAGAGGAAACCACUAACGUGAUGUGCAUGGAGCCUGACGUCAUCGUCUGGGGGAGGGGUUGGGGGGAAAUGCUAUGUCAGUCUGUUCAGAAGGUCUUGGAGAUGCUUAUUAAACACCUGAGUAUGAAUGCUACCAGAUGUUAUUUGGGGGGGGGGGGGGGCGGGACUGGAAGCUGCCAAACUUUUUUUUCUUUUAGUCUCGUUUGGGUGAAGGAAACUGUAAAUCUCAUCCUAUUCUUCCUUCCAUGCAAGCAGUUGCCGUGGCUUCAGAUGGAGAAAAGUGUUAAUAUUAUAUAUUUGUGUGUUUGUGUACACACACACUGGACCUUUUUUUUAAAAAAAGAAACCAAGAUCCAGCUUGUUUGCUAGUCUCUGUUGAGGAUAAAGUUAUCAUUACUUUUGUCGGGUGCCUGGCAAGAAAAAGCCAGAUUUUACCUUUUAAAAAAAUGCAAAGAGCGUUGAGUGGUUGAGGGGGCAGACCAAGAAGAUACGGACACCUCUUUGGCUCUGCACCAGUGAGCGUAGUUCUGACAAUGGGUUCACUGCUGAGCUGGCUACCGGCAGGGGCACCAGAGCGUCACCCGUGUCAGGGAAGAUCUUAAAGGGAAGAGGGAAUGCCUCCAGCUGUCUGGGCACAGGGAGAUAAAUGACUGGAAUUUCUUGUCCCAAAAUGACCAACGCUCAGCCUUUUUGCCCUAAGCAUGCUUCAGGUGAAAAUCCUGUGGACUUUAACAUUACUUGUCUCCAAGUAAGCCUGUAUAGCAUCAUGGCCCACAAAGACCAGAGUGAUGCCAGGUGUUCAGUUUUGCUUAAAGAUUGGAGGGGAAGGGGGGGGGACUUAGUUUGGGAUGAGGAGAAUGUCCCUCAAGAUUAUAUAGAUUUUUUUUCCUCAGAGAGGAGGAAAUGAAUGUCUCCCUUCUAUUGUUUCAAACAUUCACACCAAUCGAACUAUGACCAAUGCUGGUCCAAAGGUGGUUUUUCCUUUUGUUGGGGGGGAAGAGUUAGAACACACUCUGUUUAAUGUGCGUACGUGUGUGUGAGAGAGAAAAGCACUUUGUGUUCUUACAUGUUGCUUUGAAUUCAAAGCUCUUCCAGCAGCCUGUCAGAGCCUGGUCUGUGUGCCAAUUGACCCCAAGCUGUAUGUUUUUGGGGAGGAGGGGUCGUUUUGCCUCUUGGGAAAGCAAAUGCAUGCUUGUGUGGGAGUUUGUAUGUGUACAGAAAAUAGACUGUGGUCUUCUUUGAUGUAUUGAGUGGGGGCGUGACUUCCUGGUGCUUUCAAACUGCGGAAGGGAUGUGGGGAGGGAGGAUCCUGUGUGCCAGUGCGUGUGUUUGUGUGUGUGUGGUCGCAGAAGCAGCCAAACCUUGUCUAAUUCUCCCAUCUGCACAAGCAGUGGGAACACCGUCUCAGACUUCUCCCAGCUUGGACUGGGUUUGAAUGCUGUUUGUUAGGGGAAAGGGGAUGCCUUCAGAUCCCAGACUGCCAGACCUCUGGAAUGCGCUCGUCCCACUGAAAGAGACCAGGCAGCACUUGCAAAAGGACGAGCGCCCGUGAGCCAUGUGCAAAGCCAGCAUUCUACUGAAACCGCCUCUCUCCCGUUGACACUCAAGAGACCUGGAAGGUGAAGAAUGCGUCUCUUGACAACUGUGUGUUCCUUCGGAAGGAAGCCGUUCGAGUGUCCCGUUGCUGCAGGCGGGGAUUUAAGGAACAAAAAGCUGCCUGUGGUGCUGUGUAUUUGUGUGUGUGAAAACUCUCCUGUGAGUAGCAGGAAAAAACUGAUAGCUGUGUUUUUUUUAAAAAAAAGUUUUGAGUGGGGGGGUUGGAGGGGGAGCAUUGUAAGCUUGCAGUCCAGUAUGUAUUUUCCUUUCUGGCGGGAGUUCAGUCAGCAGGGGGGAUUCUGAUGGCAUUCUUCCCGCCCUUUGGUGUUGUUAUAUAUAUACCAUCUGUUGAAAAGAAACACGGAAAUCCCUUGUCACUCAAAAUACUGUAAAAUUUAAUGUACAUGGCA